GAAUGGGAAUUCAAAAAAGAAAUGUACACAUGGGUUACAAAAGCUGAGACAAGAAUUUCCAAUUUUGGCACAGUGGCUGUGCAAUUUGGGAUUUCUGACAUGAGAGACCUUGUCACUCAUUUGAAAAGUGAAGCUCAUACGGUGCUGUCUACAUGGGAGAAAAAGCUUCUUGAUGAUUUGACACAGUACUUCAAGCAAACAGAGGGUCAUGUCUAUCUAGUUGAAAGGUACAGACAAGACUUUGCAAACAGUGCAAAGAUCCUUCGACGAGAAAUGGAGAGCUCUGUGGUUAAUCAACUCACAGCAGCAGCUGACAUCAGACAGGGAAUGACAGAACUUGAUAGAAUCAAGGAGAACCACACAAAGGAGUUAGAGGGGAGAAUUUGUGCGCUGAUUGAAGAAUGUCGAAAGAAAAAAGUCAAGAUGACAGAAGAAGAGCUCAACGAAGAAUUUAAUAAAAUGUGGACUCAAACAGAAGAGAAACUAUCCUUCUCAAAAAUCCAAGUCCACGACAUUUACAUGAAAGUGUCUUACAACCUGAGAACAAAUCUAACACAGAGGGGAAUUAAUGCAAGUGAAUCAUUAUGUAAAAAAAAUCUGCAAGAUUCUGGGGCAGUAACUUUCAAAUAUUCACCCCAAAGUUAUUUUGGGAAAUAUAUACACAAAUUUAACAAGGCGCUCAACAUCCAAGAUCACACAAUGAAAGUCCAAGAAAUGGCUGACAGCAUCAUACAGGCUUGUACACAGUUUGUAAAAGAAAAAACACAAAGAAAAACUAAUUACCAUGACACUUACAUCCAGGAGAUUUUAAAAAUAAUUGAUGAGAGAAUACUAAAUAAUCAUGAUGUAAAGACAGACAGUGAGUUUGAAGUUUCUCUGAAACUGCACAUCUGUGGAAUUGCAGCUGAACAGUUUCAGAAAAUGCAUGAAGACUUCAUACAUGAGAAUGAUCCCUACAGAUGUCUGAACCGAAACAAAGAUAAGUUUCGAGCUGAUUUUAAAGACGUGUUUCAUGAACGAGACCAAUGCCAGAAAAAGGCAGAAGAAUUCACAGAACGCUGCUUGAAGCCUGCAGUGGAAGACUUUGUCAACCGUUCCUUGGGUCCUGAUAUCAUCGGAGAAAUGAUGACAAGCCAGCAGUUCAGCACCCGAAUGUUCUUCCAGUACUCAGUUUUAGUGGAUUUGCUUUCAAAAGGAAAGUUUGAGAACUAUCUGAGCAAUAUCCGCUCAUAUGAGGAUUAUGUCAAGAAUUGGAUCCUUGAACAAAUAGUGGAACGGUUCUCAAAAGGGUCUACGAUGUCUGAGCUUGAGGAUAAACAUGUUCAGUCAUGUGUCAAGAGCAUUUACAAUGCUAUCAACAAAGCUAAAACAAAACAGAGUGGCAGCCUGAAGACAUUUGUUGAAGAUGUCUGCAAGGAACUUGGUGAUAAACUGGUCAUUUCCCAGGAUGCUUUUGGUGCUUUCAUGAUUCUGAACAAUGCCGACCAGAAACAGUUUGCUCACUGGCUCACCAAGUGUAUCAAGGACAUGGCAGAAGCUCUUAAAAAGAAGUUUAACAAAACAGACUUCAAAACAAAACUGUACAAACUUCAUGUGAAACCUCAGAACGAGCUUUUCACCAAACUGAUUGGAUGUGGUAAACAGUGUCCAUUCUGUAAAGCACCUUGUGAGGCAGGAGGACAAGCCCACACUCAACACUGGACUUCACUACAUCGGCCAGAGGGUCUGGGUAGAUACAGGUGGGAUGAAACAAAAAAACUUGUCACUGACAUAUGCACUUCCUCUGUGAACAGUGACAAUCGUUUUCGCUGUGAUGCUACAAAAGGUAAAUGGCACCCUUACAAGCGUUACACAGAAAUUUUCCCAGACUGGGACAUUGGUUCAGAUAAAAGCCUUAAAGCAUCACACUACUGGAAAUAUGUAAUGAGAAAAUUUAACACAGACUUUGCUGAAGCAUAUAAUGCAAAGCCUGCUGAUAUUCCUGAAACGUGGAUAAAUAUCUCAGAUAAGCAGGCAGAGGAGAGUCUAAAAGAGUCAUUUAACAUCAAACGAGUACAAGAGUGAGAGACUGCAUUAAGUGCAUACCUUACCUUCAUUAAUUAAAUCAUAAUCCUCUCAGUGAAAUGUUGAUCUUUUUUUAUAUGAUAUAGAGAAGAGUCAUAAAUAGCAACAUGCUGUUUAUAUGAUGACAUGGUUGAAGAUGUUGUCAGGUGAGAUAUUUUACCACUAAGGCUUACAAUAAGGAAAUCACUGCAAUUAGAACACAUCUUUACCUGCCUUUAACAUGUUUAAUAAAAUAAUCUGCUUUAACUCUGUUUAUGUUGAUGAGGAUGAUUAAAAUACUUUUGCAUACUUAAAGUCAAUGUACCUGUUAAGAAUAUGUUAGAAAUAUUAAACACCACCAAGUUUUAUGUG